CCCAUUAUUCCAACUCUCACUGUCAUUCCCAACCCUCGGGAACAUGCUGUGCCAGGCUGGGAGCAUACCACAUCCUGCAAGCGCUAGGAUGAGCAGCCGCACUGUGCCGUGCCAUGAAUUAUUGAGGCAGGGGGAAAAGGUGGAUUUUGGGGUUUUCCGGGGCCGUGUGGUCCUGAUCGAGAAUGUGGCUUCGCUCUGAGGCACCACGGUGCGGGAUUACACCCAGCUCAACCAGCUCCAAGCCCGCUACCCCCGGCGGCUGGUCGUGCUGGGCUUCCCCUGUAACCAGUUUGGAUACCAGGAGAACGGCACCAACGAGGAGAUCCUCAACACCCUGAAGCACGUGCGGCCUGGGGGUGGCUUUGAGCCCAACUUCACUCUGUUCCAAAAGUGCCAGGUGAACGGGACCGACACCCAUCCCGUGUUUGCCUACCUCAAGGCUCACCUGCCUGCUCCGGCCGAUGAGGCCACGCACCUGAUGACCGAGCCCCGCUUUGUCACCUGGAGCCCUGUGCGGCGCUCUGAUAUCUCCUGGAAUUUUGAGAAGUUCCUGGUGGGGCCUGAGGGGGAACCAUUCCGGCGCUACAGUCCCCAUGUGCCCACGGCCCAGCUGGAGCCUGAUAUCCAGCGUCUUCUCAAGCUGGCCAAGUAAUCCUAGCUCCAGCAUGAUCCUGGCUCUGGUGUGAUCCUGGCUCCAGCGCUACCCCAGCAUGGCCCCAGCUCUCCGCAGAAUGACAGCUCCCUCUGAAAUCUCCAUGGGGAGGGGGCUUGAUGGGGGCAGAGGGCUGGAGCCGCUGGGGCGGCGUGAGCUGGUGGCAAUAAAUGAGCUGGAGGGAACGUGCCUGGA